UGAAAACUUGCACCAAUCAGAAACUCACAACAAAAUACGCUAUAAACUAGAAGGCGUAAAGAGUCCAACUGUAUAGAAUUUUUACCUUUCACUCAUCAACGCGAUAAGGCAUUGUGAGGUUAAAUAAGCUGGCAAGAAAAUCAAUUAAGUUGUUCAAUUCUACAAGCCGGCCGUAUUUGUUUCUUGGUAUUUGGUUGUAAAUAAAUCAGAUAAAGUCAUUAAUUAUUUAUUUUUGAGCAACGUUUUAGUCUGAUUUAUUUCAAAUAAAAUGCUGCGCAUUUUUGUUUUAUUAUUUUGCGUUGCAAUAGCGCUUGCCGCUGAACAAGAUGUUUUGGAGUUAGGCGAUGACAAUUUUGAAUCAACAUUGAAAUCUCAAGAGACUACGCUGGUGAUGUUUUACGCACCAUGGUGUGGUCAUUGCAAAAGACUGAAACCAGAAUAUGCCAAAGCCGCAGAACUCGUUAAAAAUGAUGAUCCUCCAAUCACUUUAGCCAAGGUUGACUGUACUGAGGCGGGUAAAGAAACUUGUUCUAAGUUCUCUGUUAGUGGUUACCCAACACUUAAAAUAUUCCGCGGCGAUGAAGUCUCCCAAGAUUAUAAUGGACCACGUGAAGCAAAUGGCAUUGCUAAAUAUAUGCGUGCUCAAGUUGGUCCAGCUUCGAGAGAAAUAAAAUCAGUUGAAGAUUUGAAAAAGUUCCUAGAAGCCAAAGAGACAACUAUUUUCGGUUACUUCGAAGAUACCGAUUCUCAAUUGGCCAAACUCUUCCUUAAAUAUGCUGAUAAAAACAGGGAAAAAUUCCGUUUCGGACACUCAAGCAAUGCUGAUGUAUUGAGCCAGCAAGACGAAACUGAUGCUAUUGUGCUCAUACGCGCGCCACAUUUAACGAACAAAUUCGAGGAAUCCAAAAUUCGUUUCACUGGUAGCUUGUCAGAGUCAUCUCUGAGCACAUUUGUUAAGGAAAAUUUCCAUGGACUCGUUGGUCAUCGUACACAAGAUAAUGCUCGCGAUUUCCAAAAUCCUCUUAUUACUGCUUACUACACAGUUGAUUACGUUAAGAAUCCAAAAGGAACAAACUACUGGCGUAAUCGUAUAUUGAAGGUAGCCAAGGAAUAUAUAGGAAAAUUGGGCUUUGCAGUCAGUUCAAAGGAUGACUUCCAGCAUGAAUUGAAUGAAUAUGGUUAUGACUUUGUAGGAGACAAGCCAGUUAUACUUGCACGUGACAUUAAGAACAUGAAAUACGCCUUGAAGGAGGAAUUCUCUGUAGAAAACUUAAAAGAUUUUGCUGAUAAACUGUUAAAUGGUGAAUUAGAGCCAUACGUAAAAUCAGAACCCAUACCAGAAAACAAUGACACACCAGUCAAAGUAGCUGUUGCACGAAACUUUGAUGACGUUGUCGUUAAUAAUGGAAAAGAUACAUUGGUAGAGUUUUAUGCUCCAUGGUGUGGUCAUUGUAAAAAAUUGACACCUAUUUAUGAUGAGCUUGCUGAAAAAUUGAAGGAUGAAGAUGUAGCUAUUGUAAAAAUGGAUGCUACAGCUAAUGAUGUGCCACCCGAAUUCAAUGUACGUGGAUUCCCAACACUAUUCUGGUUGGCAAAGGAUGCCAAAGAUAAGCCAGUAUCGUACAAUGAUGGGCGUGAAGUGAAUGAUUUCAUUAAAUACAUAGCCAAACAUGCUACAAAAGAAUUAACUGGUUAUGAUCGCAGCGGUAAUCCUAAGAAGACCGAGCUCUAAGUAUUUUGUUGUACAAGUAAUAACAAAUUAGUAAUAAUCAUUUGUAGUAGCAGCAAACGUUAACUUCAGCAUACAUUUCCAAAUAUAUAGUUUUGUACUUUCAUAUUCUCACUUAAAACUUAUUAUUACUUAAAAUUCGUUCAUAAGUACUGCAAGAUUUUCUCAAUGAUGAAAUAAGUGUAAAAUAAAAUUUUUGUAACUAAAUAAUUUCAUGUUUAUAACGUAUAUUUUUGGGUUUUGUAUUUUGAAUUAAGAAAUACUCUGUAAACUUUAAAAUAUAAUAAUUAAAAUUUAACACUCUGUGUGUGUUUAAAACGUA